AACAACCAAUUGAAAGAAACAUUAGUUCGAAUGUUCAAGGAUAUUCUCAGUGAAGUUAAAGAAGAAAAGAUAACCGAUACUUACUUUCGUGCCGCCAAUAAAAAAGAAUAUCAUGCGCAAGUUUAUGACAAUAAGCUAAAACAAUUAACCCGAGAACCAUCAAAGGGGUAG